UCGAUCCGAGCCAAGACAAACCUGAGCCAAAUGGACCGGUCCGGAUCUCGUUGAGCUGGAUUAAACCCGGACCAGACGUGGACUAGCCCUGGAUUUUCCCUCGGUUCUCGUGCCGGGCUAGAGCCGGGGUUUGGUCGGGAUCGCUGCGGUGGUUCCAGCGGAGUGGCCUCUGCAGCCGGUCCAAGAUGGCGGACGCUGACGUCUCACUACCUCCUCUUCACUCACCUUCCCCUGUCGCUAUGGAGACGGACCUGAACGCCGGCACAGUGAUCGACCCAGAAGUGGCUCUAAAAGCCUGCCAAGAAGUCCUCCUCAAAGUCCAGCUCCAGAAUCAAGACCACUUAGACCGGGAUCUAGACCAGGACCAAGACCAGGACCAAGACCAGGCCCAAGACCAAGACCAAGACCAAGACCAAGACCAAGACCAAGACCAGGGCCAAGACCAGGGCCAAGACCAGGGCCAAGACCAAGACCAAGACCAAGACCAAGACCAAGACCAAGACCAAGACCAAGACCAAGACCAAGACCAAGACCAAGACCAAGACCAAGACCAAGACCAAGACCAAGACCAAGACCAAGACCAAGACCAGGACCUCUCAGAACACAAUCAGAGCCAUCAAGAUCAGAGACCAGACCAGAACCAGGCACAAACCCAAACCCAGGCGAAACCCAAUCAGAACCAUCAGCACCGCCAAAGUCUAGACCAGAACCAGAACACUACAGAACCCAAUCAGAACCACAGACCAGACCACAGACCAGACCACAGACCAGACCACGACCUCCCUAUGCCCCAUCACAACCACAUAUCCCAGGACCAAACCACAAAGGCUUCGGAGCCGUGCACACCGUGGCUGAUCGCGGAAGAAGACGAGGAGGAGGCGGUCCAGACCUCCAAACAGUCGUGGCUCCUGCGGCUGUUCGAGUCAAAGCUGUUUGACGUCUCCAUGGCAAUCUCGUAUCUGUACAAGUCCAAAGAGCCAGGUGUGCAGGCGUACAUCGGCAACCGCCUCUUCAGCUUCCCCGAUGAAGAUGCAGAGUUCUACCUGCCCCAGCUGCUCAGCAUGUACGUGCACAUGGACACGGAGGUGGGCGAUGCCAUUAGACCCUACCUGCUUCACCGGUGCCGAGGCUCCAUCACCUUCUCCCUGCUCUCCGCUUGGCUCCUAGGGGCCUACUCCAGUGACAUGCACAUCUCCACCCAGAGACACUCACGAGGAACCAAGCUCAGAAGACUCAUCCUGUCUGAAGAGCUAAAGCCUAACCAGAACCAGAACAACCACAACUGCAACUACGGCAACCACCAUGGCAACCACCACGGCAACCACGACACACACACAUGUACAGGUCUUCGUGAUGAGGUUUUCUUGGUGUCUCCGUCUCGCAAAACACAUCAGAGGUCAAAGUCGGACGCAUGCACGGCCACAAGCGUGCACGGAGCAGCCCUAAGGAGAACUGGCAGCAACCCCCGAGUGGAGCACCUGCAUGAGGAGCCCGAGCGUCUCCGUCCUCAGCGAGACUUUGUUAAGUCCCUCCUCUGCAUCGGGAAGCGUUUGGCAACUCUCCCGACAAAGGAGCAGAAGACCCAGAGGCUGAUCUCAGAACUGUCGCUGCUCAACCACAAACUGCCUGGACGAGUGUGGCUGCCCACAGCCGACCACCAGCACCACGUGGUCAGAGUGCCACACACACAGGCUGUGGUGCUCAACUCUAAAGACAAGGCUCCGUACAUCAUUUACGUGGAAGUGGUGGAGUGUGAGAGCUUCGAGACAUCUCCAGUCCCGAUCCGAAUCCCUGAGACCCGGAUUAGGACCGCAAGAUCUGCCGAGAACCUGGACUGUGGCUCUGUGGGCGGGAUGAGUGUCGGCGGGGCUGGGUCUGUAACAUCAGAACCAGGGGGCGGGGCCAGCGUGAUGACAUCAGAGCACAGAGCAGGAAGUUACUCCACUGUCCAAAACUAUGACAACGAUGACGAAGCCUGGGCCACAGACGACAUUGGACAGCUGCAGGUUGAGGGCGAGGGUCAAACAAGCAGCAGUGAUAACAUCAGUCAGUUCUCUGUGGACAGUCUGACCAGUCUGGAGAGUAAAGAGCCCGUGUUCAUCGCCGCAGGAGACAUCCGCCGCCGCCUCUCUGAAAACCUCGCACACACGCCCACCACAUUCAGACGGGACCCAGAGGACCCCUCUGCGGUGGCACUCAAGGAGCCCUGGGAGGAGAAAGUCAGGCGUAUACGAGAGGGCUCUCCAUACGGGCACCUGCCAAACUGGAGGCUCCUGUCGGUGAUUGUCAAGUGUGGAGACGACCUGAGACAGGAGCUGUUAGCCUACCAGGUCCUAAAGCAACUCCAGAGUAUUUGGCAGCAGGAGCGAGUGCCACUCUGGAUAAAGCCAUACAAAAUCGUGGUGAUGUCAUCAGACAGCGGAAUGAUCGAACCAGUGCUCAAUGCUGUAUCCCUGCACCAGGUGCGUAAACAGAGCCAGCUCUCCCUGUUGGAUUACUUCCUUCAGGAACACGGCAGUUUCACGACUGAAGCGUUUCUUUCAGCUCAGAGGAACUUUGUGCAGAGCUGUGCAGGAUACAGCCUCAUCUGCUACUUACUGCAGGUCAAAGACAGACACAAUGGGAACAUCUUGCUGGACUCUGAGGGACACAUCAUUCACAUUGACUUCGGCUUCAUUUUGUCCAGCUCUCCUCGAAACCUGGGCUUUGAGACGUCGGCGUUUAAACUCACCUCUGAGUUUGUGGACGUGAUGGGAGGUCUGGACGGAGACAUGUUUAUUUAUUACAAGAUGUUGAUGCUUCAGGGACUCAUCGCUGCACGGAAACACAUGGAGAAAGUCCUACAGAUUGUGGAGAUCAUGCAGCAAGGGUCACACCUGCCCUGUUUCCAUGGCUCCAGCACCAUCCGUGGGCUGAAGGAAAGGUUCCACAUGAGCCUGACGGAGGAGCAGCUGCAGGGUCUAGUGGAGCAGCUGGUGGACGGCUCCAUGAGGUCCAUCACCACAAAACUGUACGACAGCUUUCAGUAUGUGACCAACGGGAUCAUGUGAGGACUAAACCAGGCCUGAACCAGGCCUGAACCAGGCCUGAACCAGGCCUGAACCAGGCCUGAACCAGGCCUGAACCAGGCCUGAACCAGGCCUGAACCAGGCCUGAACCAGGACUGAACCAGGACUGAACCAGGACUGAACCAGAACUGAAAACACGACUAAACCAGAACCCAGGACUAACCCAUGGACUAAACCAGGACUACAGGAGGUCUGAGCUGAGACCCAGGACUAAACCAGGUUUGAUCCAUCACCCCAAAGCUGUAUAACAGCUUUCAAUGUGACCAGUGGGAUUAUGUGAGGCCUGAACCAGGCCUGAACCAGGCCUGAACCAGGCCUGAACCAGGCCUGAACCAGGCCUGAACCAGGCCUGAACCAGGACUGAAUCAGGAUUCAGACUGGAACAGACCCUGUUUGAGACUAAAUAGACCUUUGGGGUUGCAGAAAAAGGAUAUUUAUGGAGCAUUUAAACUGAAUCAGACCUCUGUGCCGGGUCUGAACAAGUACUGAACCAGGACUGAACUGCUAAACUUGUCAUAAACUGGGUCUAAACCGGAUGAAAGCCACGUCUAAACCAAGAUUAAACCGUGCGAUCUGGACUGAAUGGGCCUCUCCACGAGUCUCUGGCUCUACACAAAAACAUUUUAAAGGUUUCUCAUUUUAAACUGUUACAUGAACUGGGCGUGACUGGAUCCAACAGAAUCAGCACCGGAAAGAGCUGGAAAACUGUGGAAAGAGCACGAAAACUGUGGAAAGAGCACGAAAACUGUGGAAAGAGCACGAAAACUGUGGAAAGAGCACGAAAACUGUGGAAAGAGCACGAAAACUGUGGAAAGCGCGGGAAAACGAGGUGUGAGGAGAGGGACGAGAUGGUGGUUGAGGCUCUGAGCUGCUCAUCACUUUGUUUUAAAACCACUAAAAUUGUAAAUUGUAAAACCGCACAAACAAACUCACAGCACAGGACGAGACACAACUCAACAAACUGUUGAACAACUACACUAAAAUAAAUAAAAGCUCCCAAGUUUAUUGCAGAAAACCAAAUGAAUUUAAAAUUAAAUAUUCAAUUGAAAACUUUACAUAAUAGAAAAUAAUAGAAUUAGAAAUAACUUUUAGGGUUAAAUGUUGCUGAACGUUUUGGCCUAAAAUGACCCAAAUCAGAUCAGAACAGUGACUCCUUGAGUUUAAACAUUUUUGAUGAAGCUACAACAAAUUUGCCAAACAUUUAGAGACAUAUUUUGUCUUUGCCAAAAAUUGGUGAGGAAUUUUUAUUAUUUUUUGUGAUAAAAUUAGGAAAAACUGUAAAAGCACUUCAGUAUUUUUUUAAUAAAUAUUCAACAUUUGGAAACACAAAUCUGAGUUACGUUUUACUCAGAAUGUAACUAAUAUCAAACCAGUUACAUAUGUGUGAUUAAAACACUCCACUCAAUGAGGUCUUAACUCCUGAAACAUCCUGACAUCACUCGAAAGACAACUGUAAAUAUGUCCAUUGGAUUUAUGAUGGGAAACAACAUUUUAUAAGAAAAUGUUUUGUUUUCCCAAGAAGUCCCAAUGGUUUUAAAAUCUCUUUUUUCAUGUUUUAUUUGAAUAAUUUGAAAAAGGGUUAAAACUUUGGCACCAGCAAAAAAAAAACAAAAAACACUCAUUUAAAGAGGAGGUAUUCUGCGAAAUGGACUUUUUGGAGCCUUCUGCUGUGUUUUAACAAUGUUCCUUAUCAAAAACAUGCCUGAAGAGGUUUUAAAUGUCAUCCAUGCAUGUUUAUUUUAGCGAUCUGUUCCAGGCCCUAUUCGAACUCUCUUUACAGUUAGCAGUACGAGCCUGUAUGAGGCUCCACCCACAAGUCUUCAUCACCCAUGCUCCCACAUGACAAUUCUCCAUAAAUAUACAAAAACAUGAUACAAAACUGCACACAGCAACUUCACAGACCAGUGUGCAGUAGUUUCAUUAGUGGGAUGCUGCAGAUUGUGUUGUGAUAGCGCUCUGAAGGAGGAGUGAAUUAGCACAGAGAGCAAAGGAAGAAGAGACUCACAAACAAACAUGAAACUUAUAAAACAUGUUAAUACGUUGUUUUGGUUGAAUAUAGCAUUUUCAAAACAACAAAAAAUAACAGGGUGAUCUAAAUACAUGAUCUGUCCUAGAGAAGUAAAAUACCUCCUCUUUAAACGCCAUGACUGAAACACGACUGAAACGUUUAUUAUUUUCACCAGAAAUGUCUCAUUUUCCUGCAAAGUCUGUCAUUUAUUUCUGUUUUUGUAUUUAUUUGAGUUGUUUCCAGGUCGCAUUUCUGGGCCAUUCCUCUCACAUUUUAUAUUCUUCCUACACCUGCUUUUUAUAUGAACUGUUCCUUUUGCAAUUUAAUUUCUGCUGAAAUGUUUUAUUGUUUUGAAUGUUCGUGUUUUAUUUUGAAAGGUCUUGAAUUUCAAAUGUUACAGUUGUAUUUAAAUGUAAUGUUGUUGUUUUUUUUUUCUCUGUACAUUCCUAUUGUAUUAACCCAUAGACUGUAUAUAUAAAUGGACAUAGCUAACCUGCUAGCUGCCACGUUCCAAACAGGAAGUGAGCAUAGGCGUGUUUCGGCACAGUCGACUUUGGCUCCAACUCAUUUUCUGUUGAAAAACUGUGGCCCCUCUCUCUGUAACUACUGCUGUCAGACUCGUCAUUCUGACCAUCGUGAUGUUGGGUUUAUCCCGCUCUACAUGAUUCUGGGUUUUUUAUUUCUCUCUGUCUCUAAAUCAAAACAUGAACGUUAAUAAGCGCUUCAUUGGCUGAAGCUGAACGCUGUGGGUGACACUCACUCAGUCCACUUCCUUUAUACAGGCUAUGGUUUUAACUUGUGACAUUUCCUCAAUAUGUGAAAGAUUUAAACUUUUACCGUCCAACUAAACCACUGCACAUGUGACCGUGCUGAAAACACUUUACGCCAGUUUGUUCGACAUGUUUUAAUGAUGAUGUUCACAGUUUCAGAUAGAGGCCAUGGUCUAAUAAUUACAGUGGUCCCUAGAAUAUCGUGGGGGUUACGUUCUGAAAAUAACCCGCAAUAGGCGAAAUCCGUGAAGUAGUCAGCUUUAUUUUUCACAAUUAUUAUAUCUGUUUUAAGGCUGUAAAACCCCUCACCACACACUUUAUCCAUUCUUCUCAGAUAGGCAUUUUCUCACAAUUUCUCUGUUGUUUAAUUCAUUAAUAGUGACUCGCGUGUAUUUCACAGUUCUUCUGAUCGUGCCUCUUCGUCCUGGUGCCGCUCCACUGUAGUGAUCCAACAUUUAUGUAAAUUUGGCUGAACACAUUCUCUACUGUACAGGAGACAUGGCACGGAGGAGACUGAUUAAUAGUAGUCUACAGUCCCUUAGCCAAUCAGGAAGAAGAACACAAUGCACGUUCACAUUGUAAAAAAGCAUGCAAAAUUGCACUAAAAAAAUCCGCAAAACAGUGAGACCACAAAAGGUGAACUGUGAUAUAGCGAGGGACAACCGUACACAAAUGUUGAACCUGAACUUGUCAUAGUCAUUUUAUGGCUUAAAUUCCUUUUCACCUGACAACACUCACGUCUUCGGGGUUGAAUAAUGGCACCACUUUCUGACGCUAUUGUGAAAAAAUGAUAUCACUUUUGUUUCUUUACACUGACAGAGAAGAUGUUGAACUUUGUGCCAGUUUUUGUUUCAUGAGGAUAGGCCCAGUGAUUACAAAAACGAUCUUUAAAGGUGCACUGUCCAGUUUGAUAGGCGUAGGAUUUGGCAGUGUAGUCAUUUUGAUACAAAAAAAAACACACAAAAAAAAAUUCCGCUGUUUGCUAGUGUGAUGUGCAGCUAUCCAUAGGGGGCAUGAACAGCAUGCGAUCCUUUGUUGUCAUGGCGUUCACAGCGACAUCAGCUCCCAUUGGCCACCGCAGUUUUCUAAUGCAGAAUUCAGUUGACUUGUUUCUGUUAUUAAGUUAUUUUAAUAUUCGAUCAAUAUUGUGAUUUAAAAUGUUGAAAAUAUAUAAACAUAAUGAUCUACGGGUCAGAUUAAACUAUAGAGCAGAGACAAAAGGUCUUACUAUGGAACAUUCUGAGCAAAACAGUAACAUCUGAGCAACCCUCCUGCAGAAAAGUUAUACAGUGCAUCUUUAAAACCUAAACAGAAGUACAUCCAGGUUUGCUGAGAAUUAAACUGGAUUAAAGUGUUUUGCAGCUUUGUGCAUUAAAAUGAAGGUCAUCCCUGUGCCUGAAAACCACUAACAAACAAAUGGUUAGAAUUAGCCUAGCAUUAGCCUAGCUUUAGACUGUAAAUCCUUUAGUUUGUUUUAAUGUUUAAACUGUGUGUGUGAAUAUUGAAGAGGCCUUGACACGAGUAGAAGGUACAGACUUAUCAAUGCAACGGAGCAACUCUCCAAAAAGUGCUUUUAUACAAGAAGUCUGGACCCAUUCACCGCCGCGCAGACUCGCAAAGAAACCAGGACUUAACCAAGACUGAACCAGGACUAGACCAGGACUAGACCAGGACUAAACCAGCACCAGGACUAAAUCAGGGCUGAACCAGGACCAAGACUAAACCUGGUGCUGGUUUAGUCCUGGAAUCAACCAGGCCUACACCAGGAAUAAACCAGGAAUGAGAGCAGAACAGGCUGUAGGACAGGAGCAGUGAUUUGGUCCUGUUGUUGUUGUUGUCGUGGUGAUGAAAUAGUUCCUGAAUCCAUUCUUGUUCCUGUUCUUUGCGAGUUUGAGUUGACUCUGAAUCUGAG